AUGGCUGGAAUAAUUGGACAUAUGGAUCCCUUUGAUGAGGCCGGUGAGCAGUGGGCAACGUAUAUUGAACGUUUCGAACAUUAUAUCUUGGCUAAUGAGAUUAGUGUCACAAAGAAAGUGCCUGUGCUGUUUAGUGUGCUGGGAUCGAAAACGUAUGGACUACUUCGAAGUUUGGUUGCUCCCGACAAGCCUAGAGAUAUGGGUUAUGACGAUAUUGUGAGAGUGUUGCAGGCUCAUUUCGCUCCGAAGCCGCUCGUGAUUGCGGAGAGAUUCCGAUUUCACAAGCGAAAUCAGGGGAACGGGGAAACAGUUGCACAGUAUGUCGCGGUACUAAAAAAACUGUCGGAACAUUGUGAGUUUGGUGCUUACUUGGAAGACGCACUAAGGGACAGAUUCGUUUGUGGACUUAAGAGUGAAACAGUGCAGAAGCGCCUUUUGACGGAGAAAGAUCUCACGUUUCAGAAAGCAGUCGAUUACGCUGUAUCUGCAGAGACAGCAGCGCGCGACGUGCAGCAGUUAAGUGGCUCGCUUAAAGUGAACGCGGUGUUUUCCCAAAAAUGCCGUCGUUGCGGGAAAACUAACCAUAAUGAUGAGGACUGCUGGUACAAAGAUCGUGAUUGCCACCAGUGUGGGAGGAAAGGCCACACUAAGCGUUUGUGUAAGAGCAAAGCCAAAAGCAGCCAAGGCAGAGAAUGGAAACAGAAAGUGGAAAAACCGGAACAGAAAGGUAAUGCAAUUAAGCGCAGUGUAAAAGAUAGAAAGAAGAGAAUUUAUCACGUGGAUACAAGAGGAGAUGAAAAUGAAAGUGAGGAAACUAAAUCUGACACUGACUGUGAGUUGGGACGGUAUUCCAUGUCGAAAAAAGGGAAAUUUUCCCGAAUCUCAGUGCUGCCUGUAGUAAAUGGAAAGAAAAUGGAGAUGGAAUUGGAAACAGGGGCUGCUGUGUCGUUGAUUCCUUGGAAACAGUACAAAAGCAUGCUGGGUCAACUGCCACUGCAACCCACUGAUGUCAUGCUCAAGACAUACACUGGUGAGUCUUUGGCGCCAGAAGGGGUCAUUAAGGUGCAAGUAAAGUUAAACAAGCAAUGUGCUGAUUUGCCCUUGUAUGUAGUUAAAGUGGAUGCACCCGCACUGUUUGGUAGAGAGUGGCUGAGAGUUAUUAAACUGAACUGGAAAGACUUAAAGACUGUGCAUGCAAUUGAGCAAAGAGAGAAAGACAACUUGGAGACGGUGUUAAAAAGACACUCAGCUGUUUUCUCUGAAAAUCUAGGCACCAUGAAGGGAAUUAAGGCCACGUUGAGUAUUAGACCUAACAGUGUACCCAAAUUCUGUCCACCACGUAAUGUGCCAUAUGCUCUUAGACCUCGAGUUGAGGCCGAACUAAAACGACUGACUGAGCUUGGAGUGAUCUCACCAGUGGAGCAUAGUGAUUGGGCCACGCCGGUGGUGCCUGUCAGCAAAAAGGAUGGCACUGUGAGACUGUGUGGAGAUUUCAAGGUCACUCUCAACCCAGCUCUGUGUGUGGAUAAGUAUCCAAUUCCCCGCAUUGAGGACAUUUUUGCUUCUCUAGCAGGAGGCCAACGCUUUAGUAAGUUAGACUUAUCAAAUGCCUAUCUACAGAUGGAGGUAGAAGAGAAGUCUAGGGAGCUGCUGACUAUCUCUACACAAAAAGGGCUAUUUCGUUUUAAUCGGUUACCGUUUGGUGUAGCAUCAUCGCCCGCCUUAUUUCAGAAGGCUAUGGACCAAGUGCUUCUCGGACUACCCUAUACGCACUGUUACUUGGAUGACAUUCUUAUCAGUGGCCCUGACGAACAGAGUCACCUUAAAACCCUGGAUGCAGUCCUGGGCAGGCUAGAAGUACAGGGCUUGCAUCUCAAGUCAGAGAAGUGCCUGUUUUUCCAGGAGUCCGUGGAAUACUUGGGCCAUAUCAUUGACGCAGCUGGACUCCACAAGUCACCAGAGAAGGUAAGGGCCAUUGUGGAAGCGCCUGCACCAGGUGAUGUCAGUCAGCUACGUUCGUUCCUAGGGAUGUUAAACUAUUACGGACGUUUCAUUCCCGAUUUAGCCACAGUCAUGAAACCACUGAAUGAAUUGCUGAAUAAAGGGAAGAAAUGGCAGUGGACGUCAGCCUGUGAGUCAGCGUUUCAGACAUCUAAAGCACUGCUUGUAUCACGGGAAGUAUUGACCCACUACAAUCCUAAGCUGGCCCUCCGCCUCGCAUGUGAUGCUUCGCCUUAUGGGGUCGGAGCUGUGCUCUCGCACGUCAUGCCUGAUGGUGAGGAAAGACCUAUAGCAUUUGCAUCACGAACUCUCAGCAAGGCGGAACAAAACUAUGCUCAGAUCGAGAAGGAGGCGUUAGCGAUAGUUUUUGGAGUACGCAAAUUCCACCAGUACCUCUAUGGUAACAAGUUCACCCUACUCACUGACCAUCGUCCACUGACGUCCAUUCUGAGUCCAUUGAAAAGUACACCGUCCAUGGCUGCAGCCCGAAUGCAGCGUUGGGCACUUCUCUUGUCAGCGCAUGAUUAUACCAUUCAAUACCGGAAAGGUGCAUUACACGCCAAUGCCGAUGGACUUUCACGGUUACCACUCUCCUACACCCACAAAGAGAAGCUGGGCGCAGUAGAGGUGUUCUACACAUCUCAGUUAGACACACUACCAGUCAGUAGCACUGAGAUCAGAUAUGACACUUCGUCUGACCCAACCUUGUCUCGUGUCUUAGAAAUGGUCUCAACUGAUCGUUUUCCAGCUGCGAGGGACACAGGUGAGGAGAUGUCGCCCUAUCUGUUGCGUCGGCAUGAUCUCACAAUACAACAGGGAUGCCUCAUGUGGCGUGUGAGAGUGGUCGUGCCACCUAAACUGCGCCCCCGGGUUCUGGAAGAGCUCCACUCAGCACAUCCAGGUGUAGUGAGGAUGAAGAUCUUGGCACGCAGUUAUGUUUGGUGGCCCGGCAUAGACUCUCAAAUUGAGCUCCAGGCCAAAUCUUGCCACUCCUGUCAGAAUGUACAAAAAGAGCCUGGGCUAGCACCUCUACACCCUUGGAUGUGGCCCUCCAGUCCUUGGGAGAGGAUACAUGUGGACUUUGCAGGUCCAUUUGAAGGACACAUGUACUUGGUCCCUGUGGAUGCCCAUUCUAAGUGGCCUGAGGUGCAUAUCAUGGACAGCACCACUGCCAGCAUGACCAUUCAAGUGCUCAGGGGCCUUUUUAGUCGCUAUGGCAGUCCACACAUCCUUGUGAGUGACAACGGACCUCAGUUCUGUGCUGAAGAAUUCAGUGCAUUCUUGAAGGCCAAUGGAGUCAAACACAUCCGCUCAGCGCCAUACCAUCCUGCCACCAAUGGUUUGGCCGAACGGUUUGUGCAGACGUUCAAACAUGCCUUAAAAGCGUCAAAAGGGACAGCACGUGUGCGCCAGAGACUUGAUACGUUUCUUCUGACAUACCGAAACACCCCUCAUGCAACAACGAAAGAAACGCCGGCUAUGUUGUUCCUCGGACGCAGGCUGCGCUCUCGACUGGAUUGCCUGAAACCCAGUGUUGCUGGAGCAGUACACCAGUCACAGGAUGCCCAACAACAACGGCGCCAACGUCACUCUAGGGCCAGACAGUUUGAUGUUGGGGAGUCAGUCCUUGUGCGGGAUUAUAGGAAAGGGGAAGAAAAGUGGGCGCAAGGUGUUGUGAUGGAAAAGACAGGACCGGUGUCGUACAAGGUGAAUGUGGGAUCACCAGGGGUAUGGAAACGCCAUGUGGACCAGAUGCUGACACGCCCGGAUUCAGAGCCUCAGCAGACUGAAGUGAACCUUCCGGUAAGCUCACAGGUGUUACUACCCCAGAGUGAUAGUUGCACCACACCGCACCUUCAUACACCUCCGCAAGAAAAUAAUGAUGGUCCAGUUCCUGAGAUCACCGAGCCAUCAGAAACACACCAGUUCCCGGAACCACCAUCUACGGAACGUACUCAGGCAACAGAGACUGUGAAACGCUAUCCUGUGAGGAUCACAAGACCACCAGCACGUUACCGUGAUGAGUGA